AUGGCCGAAAUCACACUGCCAAGACAGCAUGCAACGCAGCUACAUCAUCAGCGUCGACGCUCCUCGGUCUCCAGCAACCCAGCAAUCUCGACUCGCCGCACCAGCCCGCACUCCAUUCACGCUCGAAACGUUCUCAUGAGCAGCCUCAGCCAGGACCAGCAACACGCGCCGUCCUCGACCCCAAUCAACGGCAACGCCGACCAAGCCCCGCGCUCCACGCCCGCCCCGCCUACCAUCCCCUCCGCAGGACCCCCAAAGAGCGUGCAGGCCAUCAAGGAACUUGCCGCCCAGCGCGGAGAGCUCAAGCCCCCACCUGCCUCAACCAGCGGCGCUCACCAUCACCACCACACCCAUAACCAUGCGACCACAAAGGAUGGCGUCGGCGUCGCCCUGAGCGACACUCCCGCGCCGUCGCAGCCAGGAAGCCCCAAGGGGUCCGUCCCAGAAGAUCAGUCUGCCGAAGCGCUGCGUACUAACAGACCCAGGGCCCUGACGAGGAACAGCAGCGCUGCCUCGACGCCCCGCAUUCGCCCAACCACGCUCGACAUCCCGGGCCUCACCAAGUCCAAGGUUUCGCCCGACGGCAAGAUUGCCCAGCGGGAUGUCGGCUCCAAGCUCGUCAUCGUCAUGGUCGGCCUGCCCGCGCGUGGCAAGUCGUACAUCACCAAGAAGAUGACAAGAUACCUGAAUUGGCUGCAGCACGACACGAAAAUUUUCAACGUGGGAGAGAAGCGCCGUGUGGCGGCUAGCGGACACGGCUUUCGCCUGUCGCAGCAAAGCCUGGAGAGAGUUCCUUCUGGAGUCAGGAACGCGCUAGAGCAACACAAGGACUCGCUCCCUCAGAUUGCUGCCAACAUUCUCAUCAACGGCGACACGGCAGCCGCGGAUAACGGAGUCGUGACCCCACUGAACCUAAAGGAUUCUCUCCGCGACCCAAACAACUCCGCCGCUGUCGAAGAAACAGAUGUACCCCGCGUGCAAGUUACAUCGCCUGGUCCUCAGGCGUCAACGCAGAAGAACGGCGAGACAAAUGGCGAUCAGCAAGGGAACGGAGAGGAGGGCAUGGACCAAUCGGCUGACUUCUUCGAUCCUAAUAAUCAAAAGGCCGCCCAGAUCCGAGAGCAGUGCGCUAUGGAGACCCUGGACGACCUUCUCGAUUAUAUUCUGAACGGCAACGGCUCUGUGGGCAUCUUCGACGCGACAAACAGCACUCUCGGUCGAAGGAAGCAAAUCAUGGAGAAGAUCCGUGCGCGAGCCGGUCCUGAGCUGAAUGUUCUUUUCGUCGAGAGCGUGUGCCAGGACAAGAGCCUCCUCGAGUCGAAUAUGCGUCUGAAGCUGUCUGGACCCGACUACCAGGACAAAGACCCCUACGCCGCGCUCGAAGACUUCAAGAAGCGUGUUGCUAUCUACGAGAAGGCCUAUGUACCCAUUGGCGACUACGAAGAAGAAAACAACAUGCCCUAUGUCAAAAUGGUCGAUGUAGGCCGCAAAAUGAUCUCGCACCAGAUUAAAGGCUUCCUCGCUGGUCAAGCGGUCUACUAUCUCCUCAACUUCAACCUCGCACCACGCAUGAUUUGGAUUACACGACACGGCGAAUCUCUUGACAACGUCGCCGGCAAAAUUGGCGGCGAUAGCGACCUUUCCGAAAAUGGGCGCAAAUACUCAAAGGCAAUGACACGCUUCAUUGACAAGCAACGUGCCGAAUGGGCCAUUCGUCAAGCUGACAAAAUGGCAAAUACCCACUUCCCUCCCGUUCCGGGCGACCACACUCCACCCAACCCGUACUUCAGUAGCGAUUUCGAACACAACAAUUUCUGCGUCUGGACAUCCAUGUUGAAGCGUAGUGUCCAAUCGGGACAGUACUUUUGCGACGAGGAAUUCGAAGUCAAACAGAUGCGCAUGCUUGACGAGCUCAAUGCGGGUAUCAUGGAAGGCCUCACCUACGACGAAAUCCGUACCAAGCACGCAGACGAAUAUCUUCGCCGACGCCGCGACAAACUCGCUUAUCGCUACCCUGGCCCUGGUGGCGAGGGUUAUCUCGACGUCAUCAACCGCAUUCGCCCCGUCAUCGUGGAGUUGGAGCGCAUGCAAGACCACUGCCUCUUGAUCACGCACCGCUCAGUGGCUAGAGUUCUCUUGGCAUACUUCCAAGGGUUGAACAGGGAGGACGUGGCGGAUCUAGAUUGUCCAUUGGGCAUGCUUUAUCAGCUUGAGCCCAAACCGUACGGUGUCGAGUUCAAGGCGUGGAUGUACAAGCCUGAAAAGGACGACUUUGACUAUCUGCCCAUGUACAAACUGAGGAGGGCAACGACCAAUCCGCAGCUCAACUAG